CUCCCCAGCCUGUAAGCAGGCAGGGCAGGGAGACCUCAGAACUGAGAACCUUCUCUGAGGGACACACGCGCUUCUAGAGUCCUGGGAGACUCCGCUGACCCAUUCUAGAAUCCUGGAAGAAGAACUUUCUGCAAAGUUCUAGAAGGGGAUUGGAAGCCAGAAACAGAACAUUAUCCUGUAAGUAUGUAGGCUAUGGGACCCAUCAACAACAAGCUUUGAUUCUUCCCUCAAGGGUUCCUGAUUAUCAUUUUGGAAGUUGGGAUUUCACAGCAUGUAGUGUCAUGUACCUUCCUACAUGUUGUUAACUUUGAUUUGAAGUUGUGACGCUUGUGUAACUUUUUUGAUCACCAGUUUCUAUAGGAAAAGAUUUCAUGAGAAGUUACACUAAAACCAUGGACAUUUAGUAGAAUGUCUAAGUAUUGAUCUGGAAAUGUGUGAGGUGUGUAAGAUGUGUAUCUUUAACUGAAUGUUCAUCUUCUAAGAUUCCAGCUCUCUCUCUCUAUCUCACCCAGCAUAGUAUGAUAAAUGACCACUAAUGUAAUCAUAUGCUCCAGCCAACCUGAUGGCAAUUUAAUCCAGGAGGAGCACCACCCUAGAACCUCUCAUACAGCCGUCCUAAUGCAGACAGUGCCCUCUGCAGGUCAGCUAGGAUGGUGCACAUCUUUAGUGACUCAAACGACUCCUAAUUUGUUAGUCUCCAGUGUAGACAUCUAAACUACCGCCAGUGUCUCUGGUUGACGUGAGAAGUAACUGUUCCUGUGAGCUCAUGCGGCUUUCUGGGGUUCCCUGCAGUGUAAUUAGUACCGGCCAGUAACAGAAGUAACUGUUCCUGUGACCUCAUGCGGCUUUCUGGGGUUCCCUGCAGUGUAAUUAGUACCAGCCAGUAACAGAAGUAACUGUUCCUGUGAGCUCAUGCGGCUUUCUGGGGUUCCCUGCAGUGUAAUUAGUACCAGCCAGUAACCGAAGUGAGCCUUCCUGCAAGCCUAUGUGCUAAGUCAGCCUCACGCUGAAUCACAGCACAGGCUCUGACGCCAAACGCCUCCUUGCUCUCUGCCACAGUAAAAUACCUGAGUGGAAUAUUCAUUUUAAUGAGCAGAGUGUAAGUGUUCUAAAUUAAUGUUUUUAGUCCUCACGGGGCAAAGUUGUGCCUUAAUUUUUUUAACUGGAUGAAGAUGUUUUACAUUUUUAUUUUCCUGCAAUUUUAGCUUUUUUAUUUUAUUCAUGUAGCCUAUGGGAGGGAGGCCUGGCGGAUGUUAUAAGUCUUCAUAGGCAAGUAAUGACUUCUUGUUACAACACCACUCCUGCAGUCUACCUUCUGUCUCUGCAAAUCCUCAUGUGUGAGUAAGACGAGAGCGCAAAGACAGGAGGAAAGCGUUGCCUGCUUCACGGUUCAUUAUUACUUUUGGUACGCGCUGGGACAGCGUCAAACUCGUACCGUGAGUAAUAAUGCUCUGUGGCUGGAGCCAUCUUCACUUGGGAGUCAUCAAGGAGUCAUCUGGGAAUCGUUCACCAGGAGGCCCGUUGGAUGAAACAGGGAGUCACUUGAGAUUCUGAAUACAAGUCCGAGUAUGACUUAGUUUGAGUGUUCAUGUGUUGUUCCUGAGUUCGUAGAAAUGUUAUGAAUUGUAUCACAUUGAAGAAUACCGUGCUUUGUUUGCACCGUUACAAAAUAAUAUGUUUGAGAGGUGCAUGGUAAUAAAUGUUAUUCCGAUUAUCUGUUUGUACUAUAUAACAAUAGCAAAAUAAAAUAUGUUAAUAAAUUGUAUGUGUCCUAGAAUUUAUUUCACAUUUGAAUGUGUAGUUUGCUGAUGUAGCUGAAAAAUCUAUUCUAAAUGACGUCACGUCGUUGGUAACGGUAGUGUUUGUAGUAACCACAUUCCAUUGAACGCGACUGGCAGUUCGGGAUAUAUGGUUCGGUCUGUAUUAUUGUAUCUGUGUGUUUAUUAAACGUUGUAAAAUUAUGGACACGGAGAACGACGUGGAAAGUCAUCAGAUUCCUUCUGAGGAAACUCGGAAAACCAGUGAUUUUUACAGAGUUAACCCAAAUCUUCCCACGCGGUUCAACAAUCCUGACUGUUUUCAUGGUUACAGUAAGAAGACCAUUCAUCCCUUAUAUCAAACAUCCAACCAAAUCUACGGAAGCAAGAGGCCUACUGUCCACGAAAUGCCGACGAGGUUUCACGGGUCUUUCAGGAAGUUCUCGGAUCACAUGCAGAAGAGUGGGAUGUUCCGGGACAACGGCUUCAACACCUCACCGGAGAAGAGUCGCGUGGUUGGCCCUGACAACGUCGCCAUUUUCCACGACAGGCUGAACUUCCAACACAGCUUCAAGACCCAGGCCACCGGACCCACUGUCUGAGGAGCCUGUAGCCUGCAGCCUGUAGCCUGUAGCCUACAGCCUGUAGCCUGUAGCCUGCAGCAGCCUGCCUGCUCUCUGUCUAGAAUCUCUUUUUGUAUUUCUAUGUGAUUGACUGUUCCCAAUUUGAUUAAAACAUCUUCUGUAAUCAGGC